CGGAGAUCGACUUCUUCGUUUGUGGCCACGAGGUUUUGUGGUGAAAAUUAAGUUUAUCGGGUGGAAAAGGCCCACUAUUUUUGUAGUUAUACAAAAAUGCCCUCAUCGAACCCUCUGCCCCCGAAAGAAAAUGCCUUGUUUAAGCGAAUUCUGAGAUGUUACGAACACAAACAAUACAAAAAUGGGCUGAAGUUUGCGAAACAAAUCCUAUCAAACCCAAAGUUCAGUGAACAUGGAGAGACCUUGGCGAUGAAAGGUCUCACACUGAACUGCCUAGGCCGCAAAGAAGAAGCUUACGAUCAUGUCCGACGUGGCCUCAGAAAUGACCUACAAUCGCAUGUGUGCUGGCACGUUUAUGGUCUCCUGCAGCGCUCUGACAAAAAGUAUGACGAAGCCAUUAAGUGUUACAGAAAUGCGCUCAGGUGGGAUAAAGACAAUAUACAAAUUCUUAGGGAUUUGUCAUUGCUACAAAUACAAAUGCGGGAUCUGGAGGGUUAUAAGGAUACUAGAUACCAAUUGUUUAUGUUACGUCCUACCCAACGAGCUUCAUGGAUUGGAUUUGCCAUUUCAUAUCAUUUGUUACAAGACUACGAAAUGGCUCUGAAAAUUUUAGAUACUUUUCGAAAUUCUCCAAUGAUAUGUUACGAUUAUGAGCAUAGCGAGUUACUGUUAUAUCAGAAUAUGGUCAUUCAAGAAUCGGGGGAAUGUGAACAAGCAUUAAAGCAUUUAGACAAAUACAGUGAUCAAAUUUGUGACAAGGUUACUGUAAAGGAGACUUAUGGUAAACUAAGACUUCAAUUAAAGCAAUAUGCGGAAGCUGAACAAGUUUACAAGGAGCUGUUAGAUAUUAAUCCUGAAAAUAUAACGUAUUACACUAGGCUAGCGGAAGCUGAAAGACACACCUCGCCGAGUGAAACACUGAGGAUGCUUCAGAGAUACGAGGAACUUUUUCCACGGGCGUCUGCGCCACGCCGUUUACAACUUAAUUACGCAACAGGAGAUGAAUUUAAAGUCUUGGUCGAUCGAUAUUUACGAAGAGGACUUCAUAAAGGCAUACCACCGUUAUUCGUGAAUCUUCGUUCAUUGUAUACCGACAAAGAAAAAGUUGAAGUUAUAUCGUCUCUGCUUCUGCAGUACAAGGAGGCGUUAAAACUUCACGAUCAUUUCAGCGAUCAGGAAAAGGAUAAUCCGCGAGAGCCGGCAUCAGCUUUGCUGUGGACGUAUUACUAUUUGGCCCAACACUACGAUUAUCUCGGCGAAACAGAAAAGGCGUUGAUGGAGAUUGACGCUGCCAUAGAUCACACUCCUACGCUUAUAGAACUUUUUGUUACCAAAGGACGAAUUUACAAGCACGCGGGAAACGUUCAAGAAGCUUACAAGUGGUUGGAUGAGGCGCAGGGAUUGGACACGGCUGACCGAUAUAUCAAUUCUAAAUGUGCCAAGUACAUGCUCCGUGCGAAUCUUAUCAAGGAGGCGGAGGAAACCUGUGGGAAAUUUACGAGGGAAGGAGUUCUGGCGAUGGAGAACUUGAACGAGAUGCAGUGUAUGUGGAUUCAAACGGAAGCUGCCAACGCGUACAAACGUCUUGGGAAAUACGGCGAGGCGUUAAAAAAGUGCCACGAAGUUGACAGGCAUUUUUCGGAAAUCAUUGAGGACCAAUUCGAUUUUCAUACGUACUGCAUGAGGAAAAUGACGUUACGAUCUUAUGUCGGUCUACUGAGGCUAGAAGACGUUCUACGAGCUCAUCCGUUUUACUUCAAAGCUGCGAAAUGUGCAAUAGAAGUCUAUCUGCGACUGCAUGAUUAUCCAUUGCCUGAUCCAGCACAAACGCAAGAAAUCGACACUGAAAAUCUGGCUCCCGCUGAGUUGAAAAAAUUGAGGAACAAACAGAGGAAACAGCGUAGAAAGGCCGAACUGGAACGACAGCAAGCGGCUCAAGCUCAAGAAAAGAGGGAGCAGCAUAAUAAAUCCCGACAGCAGAACGACCCUGAUCUUGAACAGCCUACGCUGGAUGAAUUGAUUCCGGAAAAGCUGGAAAGGGUUGAAGAUCCGCUGGAACAGGCAAUCAAGUUUUUGCAACCCCUGCAGGAGUUGGCGUCGAACAGAAUAGAAACGCAUCUAAUGGCUUUCGAGAUAUAUAUUCGUAAAGGUCGCACUCUUCUCAUGCUACGCUCGAUAAAACGCGCUCAUAGACUAGACGCGAACAAUCCGGAUCUGCAUACGUGUUUAGUGCGAUUUUUGCUGCACAUCAAUAAGUCGCCGCUGGAAGGAGCGGUGGGCGAGGUUGUUAAACGACAGACCGCUGACAUCUUCUCCAGUACGAAGGCGGCUCAACUAAACUCGGAGUACUUGAAGAAAAACAGAAACUCGUUGCCGCACUUGCUGCAGAGCGCCAGGAUGUUGUACAUUCUGGAUCCAUCCGCGCAAACGAAAGCGCUGUCUCUCGUGACGAACAUCGGCGAGCUCGAAGGUGUGACGUUACAAAACUGCACGAAGGUGCUCGAGGCGUUGCACAACGGCGAUUUCGGACACUGUGACGACACGAUAGCCGAUUACAUGGCGAAGUGUCACAUGCGUUUUCCAUUUGCCACCGCGUUUCGGCCGCCCGAGACGAAGGCCAACAAUCAUCAGGAGAAGGAGAAUUCAAUCAAGAACUGAUCCAGGCACGCGCUGUUGCAGCGUCGCCGAGUCACUUGUCGUAGUUAGGCGAGUCAAUGGAUGUAGCCGUGGUGGCGCGGAAAGAUCUGAUCCGCGCCGAAAGGACGUUAAAUCAAGUCACGCUUUAGAUAAAAGAAACGAGAAAAUGAAAUUGGCAAGAUAACUAAUCUCGAGCGAGAAGCAUGUGUUAUAUACGCGAACUGUUCCUUGAGAGAUUUCAUAUAGUGUGCGAACACAGUGUUGGGACAGUGCUCUGAACAAAGAAUCCUAAUAAAUUAAAAUAAUGCAAAAAAAAAAAAAAAAAAAACGCGGACCGCCUACGAUUUCGACACGGUCCGGUAUUUUACGGAAAUAAGGAGAGAGAAAAAAACAAAUAAGAUGACGUAGCUAAAAUAUUAGUUAACAAUCGAGAGCGAUCACUUUGUCUACUUACCGUGGGCGGCGACGCUUAAACGCGCGGAGAGGGACGAGAUAGGAUAGUUCGGGGUGAGAGGGAAAUAGUCGACGAGUGUGCGGACUGUUUUUGUGUACGGGACGUGCAGUGUAUAAAAAUAAGACGUGCGAGAUUAACACAUUGGUACAAAAAAAAAAAAA